AUGAAAAUGACAGACAAAAACAAUCCAGAAACGUCUGUGGAUGAGGUUAAAACCCUUAUUAAAAAGAAAGAUAACAUCGAAGAGCAGAUUAAAGCCUACUACGAUGUCCUGGAAGACCAAGGCGUUGGGCUUGAUGGUCCCUUAGUAGACGCGGAAGGCUACCCGAGAAACGACGUCAAUUUGUACCAGAUAAGAACCGCCAGACACAAUAUUUCAUGCCUCCAGAACGACCACAAGGCAAUCAUGGUGGAGAUCGAGGACGCCUUGCACAGGCUUCACGCUCGUGAGAAAGCCAAGCAUCGGCAGGACCGGGCGCAGGCACUUGAGGAGACCACGGCGCAGCGGGACAGACUCCCGCCUGCCUUUGCACGUGUGGAUGCCGUCACUCAGGGAUCACCUGCCUCUGUGGCCGGCCUCAAAGUGGGAGAUGAAGUGAUUGAGUUUGGUUCCGUGAACAGUGGCAACUUCCAAAACCUCCACAACAUUGCGUCUGUGGUGCAGCAUAGUGAAGGGAAGCCGCUGCGAGUGACAGUGGUCCGUGAGGGUCAGAGAGCCAACAUGAGCUUGACUCCACAGCGGUGGUCUGGCCAGGGUCUGAUGGGGUGCAAGAUUGUCCCCAUGCCUCCGCCAUGA